AACUGCGAGGCGAACGGGCACAGCGAGAGCUGCUACAAGCUGGGGGCAUACCAGGCCAUCGGCAAAGGUGGACUCGACCUAGAUCUGAAAGCUGCCUACAACUCUUUUAUGAAGUCAUGUGUGAAAGGUGGGAAGAAGUCAGUAAAUGCGUGUCAUAACGUAGGGCUGCUGGCCCACGAUGGGAGAGUAAAUGAUGAUAAACCCGACCCCGUUGUUGCUAGAGACUAUUACACAAAAGCUUGUGAUGGCAGUUUUGCUCCGAGCUGCUUCAACCUCAGUGUGAUAUACCUGCAGGGAGCUCCUGGGGUCCCCAAGGACAUGAACAAUGCUUUGAAGUACUCACUGAAAGGUUGUGAGCUGGGUCACAUCUGGGCUUGUGCCAAUGCCAGUCGAAUGUACAAACUGGGAGAUGGCGUUGAGAAGAACGAUGCUAAGGCAGAGGAUUUGAAAAACAGGGCAAAACAGUUGCAUAAAGAACAGAAAGAAGCCCCAAUUUCUUUAGCCUUCGGGGAGUAAAACUGUCAGUUGCAGUUAUUAAGAUUUAGUUUACAGUUUUAAAUGGCAAGUCAACUUAUUAUUUAAAUC